AAUACUUUUAUUUUGAAAAUAUGACGCCAUCCUGUUAAAAUACUUUUAUUUUGAAAAUAUGACGACGUCCGGUUGACGCGCGCUUAGUUUUGCCUGCUUCAAUGCUACGUAUAGGAUAUCAGAAAAAACAAUUCUGGUCCGUUAAAUCUACGUUUUGCCACUCCGUUAUCCGUUUGUCAUCUAUGAAGACGACAUCGCGGAAGGUGUAAGCGUAACUAAGCGUGACUCAGAAAACCAUUUUUCCCGUUUGCUAACUGUUCGCAGUGAAACGACAUAUGAGGAUAUGAUUGUGAAAUGGCUCCCCCCGGUUCAAAUAUUGAGCGCCAAGCCUUUGACGCUAUUAAUACACGUAAAGGCCGCGAUUGAUCCAGACAGCGCAGCCGAUGAUUUUAUCCAAUUCAUCACACAACCCGCCUUUCAGACAGUUAUCGAUCUCACGCAAGAUGGCGACGAAGAUCCCACCGUCAACGUAACAGACAACAUCCCGCCUGAUUCCGCUCCGGCCCACAUCGAGAAUCCAAUAGGAUCCUGCGACGAAUCACUCCCUGGACCCGCUGACGAACCAGCGAGAAAGAAGACUAGAAAAACGAAUCGCCCCACCUCUCCGGGCAGUCCUGGACCGUGUGACGAACCACCAAGAAAGACUUAUCGUUUUACUGCGGUGGUCCGACCUGAACCGAACGGCGAACUUCCGAGAAAGACUUAUCGUUUUCCCCCGGCGAUCAGUCCUGAGAGCCCUCCAGAGAGGAAAACUCUCUGUCCGGUACCACCGAACAGCCCGGCGACCAGUCCUGAGACCGAUCUGUUUUAUGACUCGAGUAGAAGCCAUAAGGAUGACGUGACUACCUGGGGCAUGUCUCAAAUCGAUGCCUGGGACCAGAGUUCUUGGACGAGCGAGCGUGACGAGGUGUCUACCACCAACGCGGGUCAAACGCCAUAUCCUUCUCCCUCACCGUCGUCGGAAGAAGUAGAAGUGGAAGAAGUGCCGGCGCCUCAGCCGGUUGACGAAUCAUUCGAUGAUCUGCCUCCGUUUCAUAGCCCCAUUAAUUCGAUUCAGUCAUUCGGUCAAGUGUUUCGCGAUGCGCAGGUUGACAUAAACAACAAAUAUGUCGAACUCCGCGACGUACAAGAUGAUAUUAACAACAAAUUGAUCGCGUUGGGCAACGAGUCUCGCGACAGACAAAUCGAAACCCUUAGCAGAUUAGACGCGCUGCACGGUGAGCUCCGUGCGUAUCACCUCGAGACACGCAGUCGAUUCGAUGCUCAGGAUCGCUUUAUUCAGGAUCUGGCCAAUGAAAUAUUCCAACGCGUCAAUGCUAUGAGAUCGACGAUUGAUCGGCAGUUUGAUAGAAAUGAUCGUACGGUGACUCAAUACCAAAGGGAAUUGAUGCUAAUAUUGCACCACCUCAUUCUCACCAUCGUAGAUGAGACCGCGGAGUCAAACUGAAUAUAGACGUAUUCAGAGUAAUUCUUAUAUUCCGUCUAUACUUUGUUUACAUAUAAUCCGAUAUUUCAAGUAAUUCUUAUAUCUCACGUCUGCUAUGAUUGUUUAAAUAUUUCAUGUAUGCUUUUUAUACUUUGUUUUACAUAUAUAAUCCGAUAUCUGCUUUUAUACUCUGAUUUUGUCAUAUAUGCUUUUGUAUUCUGAUUUUGUAAUAGUUCAUGUAUGCUUUUUUAUACUCUAUGAAAUGUGUAAUAGUUCAUGUAUGCUUGUUUUAACUCUAUGAUUUUGUAAUAGUACGUGUUUUGGUCUGAAAUCAAAAAAAAAUGGACGACUUACGUCAAUCAGACCAAUCCUCCACAGAACUGACGCCGGACGAGAUCGAAAUGCUAAGUUUACUUCCGGACUCUUUAGAACAGUAUUUGUUUAAUCAAGAAUCCCCUCCUAUUUUGGAUCUUUUUGAAUUAGCCGUAAAUCCAAAUAUGAAUUUGUUCGACCCUAGCUUAGCUAUGCUUAGCCUAGACACCGACCCCAUUGUACAACGCGGAGGUGUUUUAAACCCCCCACCGGCGCCGUGUAACGAGGCUGAUCCUGACAACACAGACCACCCUGACGGUGAUGAAACUCCGCAAGCGUCCACAUCAGGUAACGUCGACCCUACUACACAGACUCGAUUAAGCCGUACAGACGUUGACAGGUUGAUUCGCGAGGGUGGCGACGUUAACGGAUAUCAUGUUUUACCACGACCUCGUUUCAAUAGCGUGACAUUGAGAAGGACUACGAAUCUGAGAGAGAUUAACUCUACAGAUUUGGCCUCUUACCACGCCCGCUUACACGACAUGCUUACCGGAAUUGUGAAUUUCGCUAGGGAGUUUGACCAAAAUUCUCCGGUGAUCAAUAUCACAUUGACGGCUCCCAGUUUACAGACCCCCGUUAGCGGGAUUUUAACCCGCGGUAAUAAUUACGACGUGGAUGGGUUUAUGGAUCAAAUCGAAAGAGUUUUACAGAGCAACGACCGGUUACUAUCUGACCAAACCGUAGAAUUUGAAGCUUCCGUAGCCAUGAACAGACAAGGCGGGGGUCGUCGUCGGAAACUCACGGACUUGGCUGUUGAUGAGGUGAUCAAAAGGAAAAAGACGAGUUUAUUUUGUCCGAUCAAUAUUUCAAAUAAUUUGUGCUUCUCCAUCUGUCUCGCCCGUUUUCUAAACCCCCAACACCCCGAGAGCGAGUUAGAAAAACUGGCUUCCGUCAUCCAAAACAGCGUCGGCUUCUCAAUCCAAGACCGAAUCGGUCUCGGCGACAUAGCCUCGUUCGAACGAGCGCUAGACAUUAAAAUCGUCGUAUUUCACAGAUCUAACGCCAUGAUCUUAGAAACCUACAAAAAUUCAGACGAACCCCAUCCAAAAACGGUCUUUCUGUAUCUCCACGACAACCACUAUUACAUGAUAACGAGUUUGAAGGCGUUCCUCGGUUCACCAUAUGUGUGUCCAUUUUGCUACAAAUCUUACACCAGCCUCAGAGACCAUCGAUGUAAGCACGUCUGCAACAUCUGUUUCGACGCGGGGUGUUACAGGUUCCCUGUAAGAAUCCUACAUUGCCCCGAUUGUUUGCGUUACUGUAAAUCGGCUUAUUGUUUCGAAAUGCAUAAAAAAAACCCACCUCCCGGUCAGGAAUACCCCGCCUGCGAUAUGAUCAAAUACUGCAAACUAUGUAACCGACGUUACGACGUUAAACCGGGCAACCAGAAAACCAAACACAUAUGCGCCCCAGACAAAUGUGUGCAUUGUCGAGAGUCUCUGACGGACGAUGGAGCACAUCAAUGCUUUAUACAACCUCUAGAGCUUAAGGAACCGUGUGAAAAGUAUAUUUUUUAUGACUUUGAAUCGCGUUACGAAAACGGACGCCACGAGGCUAAUUUUGUCUGUGCCAUGACGUUCAAAGGUCAGAAAUUUACCGCCUACGGCACGGACUGUAUCGCUAAGCUAAUCAAGCGCUUCAGACAACCCCGAUACAAAGGCUACUGCUUCAUCGCUCAUUACGCCUCCAGAUUUGAUGCCUUUCUAAUUCUGGAGUAUUUUUGCAAAGCGGGGAUCGUGCUCGAGGUCAUAAUGCAAGGGUGCAAACUACUCCUGAUGUACGACGACGCAUUUGCCCAACGAUACAUCGAUAGCUACUCAUUUUUCCCAUUCGCUCUCGCCAAAAUGCCCGCGGCGUUAGACUUGACGACGACUGAAAAAGGCUAUUUCCCCCAUCUUUUCAACAGGGUUGAAAAUGAGAACUACGUCGGACCGUACCCUGACAAAAAGUUCUACAACUACGAGAACAUGUCGGAUAAAGCCCGAGAAAAGUUUGACGCGUGGUACAGCACGGUGAAGGGUGAGCUCUUUAAUUUCAGGAAAGAACUGUACGACUACGGCGUUAACGACGUCGUGUUAUUACGUGAAGGCUGUAUGAAGUACAGGACGUCAUUCCUACAGUGCACCCAACUCGACCCUUUUGGGUUCACGACGAUCGCCAGCUGCGCAAUGGGGGUCUUCAAAACACAUUAUCUCGCCAGAAACACGCUAGCCCUGACGCAUAACAAAGCGUACAUCCAUCAGAAUAAGUCCUACUCGAGCGGAUCGAUCCAAUGGCUCGAGUAUAUAAAAAAGACGCGAAACGUGGACGUUCAUCACGCCGUAAACCACGGCGAGGUAUCGAUCGGUAAGUACUUUUUAGACGGCUACUACGAGCAGGACGGCGUCAGGCACGGUUUAGAGUUCUCGGGGUGUGUUUUUCAUGGACAUUGCUGUCGCUUUGAACCCAAUCAGACGCACCCCCUGUCCGGAGUACCCUACGGGGUUCUCAGGAACCAGUUUGACGAUAAGAUUGAAAUUCUCCGGAACGCGUACGGUUUGCAAAUCGAGGUUCUGUGGGAAUGCGAAUGGAAUCGGAUGAAAAAGACAGAUCCCUCCGUGAUAGAAUUUAUGGCCAAUUAUUCCGCCCCUGAGAGGCUGAAUCCUCGCGAAACGCUCUAUGGAGGCCGCACCAACUCCUAUAAGCUAUACCACAAAGUGAGCGGCGAUGAGAAAAUAAGAUAUCUGGAUUUCACCAGUCUGUACCCUUUCUGUCAGGCCAGGAAAAGCUACCCGAUCGGUCACCCCGAAAUCAUUUUCGCAGAUUUCGAACCGAUUGAAAACUAUUACGGGCUUAUCAAAGCCACCGUGUACCCUCCCCGCAACUUACUCCAUCCAGUCCUUCCUUUCCGUUCGAACGGGAAGCUGACGUUCGCGCUAUGUAGAACCUGCGCUCAAGACCAAAACCAGACCUCGAGCUGUACCCACACGGACCAGGAAAGAUCGCUCUCGGGCUGUUGGGUCAGUAUCGAGCUUUUAAAAGCCAUCGAGAAGGGCUAUGUGAUAGCCAAGAUAGACGAGGUUUGGCAUUUUCCACAACGGUCAGACACGUUGUUUGCCGAAUACGUAAAGACCUUCUUAUGUUUGAAACAACAAGCUUCGGGCUACCCUCCGAACGUCGUCACGGAUGCUGAGAAAGAGGCUUACAUUAGUGACUAUUUUGAAAAAGAGGGUAUUCAACUCGACCCGGAAAAAAUCAAGUACAACGCCGCCCAAAGGGCGAUCACUAAAUUAAUUCUGAAUAGUUUGUGGGGACGCUUCUCUUUAAGACCAAACUUACCUCAAACGAUUCUGGUGCGCGAGCCCGAAGAUUUCACCAGAAUCGUUUUUGGCAACACCGACACCUUGACCUAUUUCUCAUUCGUCUCAGACGACGUAGCUCUAGUCCAGCAUAAACCCGACAAGGACGAUGUUUGCAAGGCGCGCGACGUCAAUGUUUUUGUAGGCGCUUUCACUACAGCGCACGCACGACUGGAAUUGUACGAAUUGAUGGACAGACUAGGCGAACGACUGCUAUACUCCGACACCGACAGCGUCAUAUUCGUGUCUAGGGACGGCGACUGGGAGCCUCCUCUGGGUGAUCAUUUAGGGGAGCUGACGAGCGAAUUGGACCCCGACGACCACAUAACGACCUUCUGUGCCAGCGCUCCCAAAUCAUACGCGUUUGAGACGGUCAAAGGUAAAGUCGUCAUGAAAGCUAAGGGCAUAACUCUGAAUGCUAAAAAUUCCAAAGCUAUCUGUCUCGAAUCCCUGAUUGGUCUGGUCGACAGGUAUGUGACGUCUCACGAUAGAUCCAAAUACAUCCUGGCUCAUACGGAAAACAUUGUGAGGGAUAAAAAGACUCUCACAUUACAAAACAAAUCAGUCGUUAAGAGGUUUAAGGUCGUCUACGAUAAACGUCGGCUUUUAAGCGAUUAUACCACGCUUCCUUACGGCUACUGAUCAGAUGGCGAUGCACAGAGGUUCUCAGGAUGUGUCCGAUUUUGAUUUCAGACUUCAACACCCUUUCAGCUGCGUUGUAUCUGGACCGUCCAAUUCCGGAAAGUCUUAUUUUGUGAAACUUUUGUUGGAAAAAGGUUUGAAUAUCAUUUCGAAGAAAAUUGAAAACAUUGUUUGGUUGUAUGAUUGUUGGCAAACUUUGUACGAUGAUUUACUUCAAUUGUAUGACAUUAAAUUUAUACAAGGAAUACCCCAGAGUCUGAAUGAUGAUGAUUUACUGCCUGUUACCACCGCCAACCUUCUCGUCGUCGACGAUCUCAUGGAACAAGCUAGCGCUAACGUCGAACUGCAGCGCGUGUUCACUCAAUACUGUCACCAUCGUAAUCUCAGUUCUAUUUACAUAGUGCAAAAUUUAUUCGCGCAGGGAAAGUCGAGUCGAACCAUCAGCUUAAACGCCAAUUAUAUGAUCCUGUUUAAAAAUCCUCGGGACGUCCAUCAAGUGGCGAUGCUAGGUCGUCAAAUGUACCCCGGAAACACGAAAUACUUUAUGGAGUGUUAUCACGACGCGGUCGACCGACCUUUCGGAUAUCUGAUGAUAGACUAUAAAGCGAAAACUCCGGAGCAGUAC